ACUCGAUAAAUGCAAAGAAUCAUUUCUCUCUCUACUCUCUACCAUCAAAUCAUUCCUUCUCUUUCCCUUUUCAACACCUCUGUUUCCCUCCCCUUUCUUCCCUUGCAAGUUCAGUGUAAAAGUGACAGCCCACAUCACAUAACAACACAUCUUACUCUCUCUUCUCUUCUCCAUUUCCAUGGCUUCAAAUUUAGCAGCUUUCUCUCUCUUCUGCAACUUCCUUCUUCUGUUAGCUUCUUUUGCAGCCUCAAACAUAGACCAAGACAGGACUGAGUGCUCAGACCAACUCACCGGCCUCGCCCCGUGCCUGCCGUAUGUCAGCGGCGAUGCCAAGACACCAACCAUUGAUUGCUGCAGUGGACUGAAGCAAGUGGUGCAGAAGAGCAAGAAGUGCCUCUGUGUCCUUAUCAAGGACAAAGAUGACCCUAAUCUUGGCCUUAAAAUCAAUGGCUCCCUUGCUUUGGCUCUCCCUAAUGACUGCCAUGCCCCUGCCAAUAUCACUGAAUGCAUCUCUCUUUUGCACUUGUCACCAAAUUCUACAGAAGCUAAGAUAUUCAAAGAAUCUAAUCCCACCAGUGGACCAAGCAGUUCCCCAGACACUAAAGUUCAUGGGAGUUCGUCCACUGCGAACGAGAAAAGCGAUGGUGGAAUGGGGAAGAGAUGGAUUGGAUCAACAGAGAUGAUCAUGGGGAUUCUGCUAGGGUUCUUCAUUCUAUCCCAUCUCAAUCUAAUGUUCAUCUAAGACAGCAGAACGAAACUGUCUGUAAUUUAUGAGUUUCUUAAUCAUCCAGCAAUACAUUGUCAUUUUCUUGAAUUGUUUAGAACAGAAUUUAAGGCGAAUUUCAAGCUUUUUCCCUUCAAUUUUCCAUGGAAUCUAGAUUCUGUACAAAUUCUAACA